AGAAUAACUGAUAAAACGAGUUGAACUAUAUAUAGCCAAGAAGUGGCUCUCUUUAGCUUUAGUUGCAGCCAUGGCUACCCACGCAGCUCUUGCCUCUUCAAGAAUCCCUGCCAAUACAAGACUUCCCUCCAAGAUCAACCACUCUUUCCCCACUCAAAGCUCCUUAAAGAGGCUAGAAGUGGCUGAGUUUUCUGGGCUUCGAGCCAGUUCAUGUGUAACCUAUGCCAAGAACGCUAGUGAGGGAUCCUUCUUUGAUGUGGUGGCUUCCCAACUUGCUCCCAAGGUUGCAGUGUCAACUCCUGUUAGGGCAGAAACUGUGGCCAAAUUAAAGGUGGCUAUCAACGGAUUUGGACGCAUUGGCAGGAACUUCCUGCGAUGCUGGCAUGGUCGCAAAGACUCUCCCCUUGAUGUAAUUGUUGUCAAUGACAGCGGUGGUGUCAAGAACGCUUCCCACUUGUUGAAAUAUGAUUCAAUGCUUGGAACUUUCAAAGCAGAGGUGAAAAUUGUGGACAACGAGACCAUCAGUGUUGAUGGCAAGCCCAUUAAGGUUGUUUCCAACAGAGACCCUCUUAAGCUUCCAUGGGCUGAGCUCGGAAUAGACAUUGUUAUCGAGGGAACCGGAGUUUUUGUGGAUGGCCCUGGUGCUGGGAAACAUAUUCAAGCUGGUGCCACGAAAGUUAUCAUCACUGCUCCAGCCAAAGGCGCCGAUAUCCCAACCUAUGUUGUUGGUGUUAACGAAAAGGACUACGACCAUGAGGUUGCCAACAUUAUAAGUAAUGCUUCUUGCACCACAAAUUGUCUGGCUCCCUUUGUGAAGGUCAUGGAUGAGGAAUUCGGCAUUGUCAAGGGAACAAUGACAACAACUCACUCCUACACUGGAGAUCAGAGGCUCUUGGAUGCUUCACACCGUGACUUGAGGAGAGCCAGGGCUGCAGCAUUGAACAUAGUCCCAACAAGCACUGGUGCAGCCAAAGCUGUAUCUCUUGUGCUGCCUCAGCUCAAGGGCAAGCUCAAUGGCAUCGCACUGCGUGUCCCGACACCCAAUGUUUCAGUUGUUGACCUUGUUGUGAAUGUUGAGAAGAAGGGCAUUACAGCAGAAGAUGUCAAUGGAGCCUUCAGAAAGGCGGCUGAGGGACCAUUGAAGGGUGUAUUGGAUGUGUGUGAUGUUCCUCUUGUGUCUGUUGACUUCCGAUGCUCUGAUGUUUCUUCAACCAUUGACUCUUCAUUGACCAUGGUCAUGGGAGAUGAUAUGAUCAAGGUUGUCGCCUGGUAUGACAAUGAAUGGGGAUACAGCCAAAGGGUCGUUGAUUUAGCACAUCUUGUAGCCAACAAGUGGCCAGGAGUGGCUGCAGCAGGAAGUGGAGACCCAUUGGAGGAUUUCUGCAAGACAAACCCAGCUGAUGAGGAGUGCAAAGUUUAUGAAGCUUAGACGAUUGCUCUUUUUUCUUUUUUGUUUCGUACCAAGGUUUGUUAGUCUUUGUACUAACCAAAUGGUGAUCUUGUAUUGACAUCCGAUGAUGAGGAACACAUUUGUCAAAUAUUAGCAUGUUAAUAAUGCUAUUCAAACUCCAA